CAAAUGCAGCACACAACCCACACCUGCAGCUGUGUGGCUAUCUAUCGUUAAAAGUCAGCAAUAAUAUCUUAAUUUUAAAACUAGGUGUUCCGUUUCAUUUACAAAGCUACAAUGUCGCUUCAAGAUAUUGAGGAAAGAGAUGAUACUGCGACAGAAGAAGAUGGGUCAUCUUAUAAUAAGAUUGUUGAUUGGCUAAAUGAGGCGUCUGUGACGUCAGAGACCACUACAAAAACAGAAAUACUGUCGAAAGUACAGGAAAUUAUAGUAAAAAAAGAGCCAGGCUUACUGAACAGCUUCCUGGACGAGGUGAUCGCCUUCCAAAGCGAUCGGAAUAGUGAUGUUAGAAGACUCGUCGUUGGAAUUAUAGAGGAAGCAGUGAAAAAGGAUUCAAAUGUGCUGCCACGCGUGGCGCCGAGCCUGUUGUUGCUGCUGCAGGACGGGAGCGCUCAGGUCCAGAAGCGUGUGGUGCAGGCGGCCGCACAAGUGUACCGGGCGGCCCUAGCUUGGCUCGCAGAUGCCCAUACCAGCCACGAGGUGCUCGAAGCCACCUGGAAUGCAAUAACGGCAAUCAAGGCUCAGAUUGUUUACCUUGUGGACUGCGAGAAUGAUGGUAUUCGUACGCAUGCUGUGAAGUUCCUGGAGAAUGUUGUCCUCCUGCAGACAUAUCCAGAACCUGAUGGCAUGGUGCGUAGAGAUGACUUCUCUCUAGAAGAUGUACCAAUGACACUUAAGAUAGCAAGAAGAAGAAAACUGGAGGAAGAGGCCUUGAUGGUCUUCGAGCUGCUCCUGAACUUCCACGGAUCCCCUCACAUCAGCAGUGUUAACCUCAUGACGUGCAUGGGGUCCUUGACACUCAUAGCAAAGAUGCGACCACAACUUUUCAUGGGGAAAGUCAUCAAUGCCUUUGAGAAGUUGCAUCAAAACCUUCCACCGACAUUGUCAAAGUCGCAAGUUAGUUCGGUAAGCAAGCACCUGAAAAUCCAGUUGCUGAAUCUACUGAAACAGCCGUCUUCUGUAGAGUUCCACAACAACAUUACUGCCUUGCUGACUGAACUGGGUGCUACUCACCAGGAGGUGAUGCGGGCACUCCCCCACCCAGAGGAACUGCGGCGCCGACAGAAAAGAGUGGCACAGAUGGCCCCAGAUUUGACCCCACCGUCCAGCAAGAAAUCUCGCCUCAAAGUCGAAUACGAGGAAGAGGCUUCAGAAGAUGACGAGACCGUGCAGGUUGUGAACUCAGAACCCACAGUGGAACCUAUCUCUACGGUGCCUGCUCCAAUUAUUUUGUCAGAAGAAGUCAUAGAUGCUGCAGAGAAAUAUAUCCUAGAGCGUCUGACACCAGAAGUUGCCACGCAGCUUGUCAUCCAAAAUAUGAUGAAGCUGCCCGAUGCUGUUCCACCAUCAUUCUGUGCCGAGUACAAACCUAUCCCGAAUGCAGGCUCACCUGUGCAAAUCAAAAUGCUGUGUCGCAUGCUCGCCCAGCUGCUGUGUGACGCAGGAAUGGAUCCCAAUGGGGGCCAUAGUAAACAGCCUAAGAUGGAAAUAGAUGAUGGUCCCCUAGAAAAAGAUGUGAAGCCAUCUCUCACCUCGGUGAUGACGGAGAUGAUGGACAAGGAAAAAGAAAUGCAGCAGGCAAAAGCUUCUCAGCAGUCUGGAACGGUUACUGUGAAGGUUCCAAAGCAGCGUGUUCGCACACUGAAGCUGUCUGAAAUUACAAAACCUCUCACGACUGAGACCCGUGGAAACAUGAUGCGGGCUGCCGUGAAGCGCAUUCUGAAGGCGGAACGUGCUGCAGCUGUGGGCGGAGUUAUGCCUGUCCGAAGCAAAAUAAUCUCUACACUUGCUGUGACUUUCAAUACUGAUGUUAGAGAUGUUAUACUGGAAUUCCUCCUCGAAGACAUCAGAGGUAGGAUAGACCUGGCAUUUGCAUGGCUUUAUGAAGAGUACAGCUUCAUGCAGGGCUUUAGCCGCCUGCCACCAUUUAUAAAACGUGAGGAGACACCCGAGCAUCGGUACGACAAGCUUUUGUGUUCUCUGGUGAAGUCACUUGGUGAUCGCCCAGGCCAGGAAGGCAAAGAUGGCUCGUUGUUAUUCCGGCUGUUCCUCGAGGCUCCACUGGUGACGGAUGAGGCAGUGGACGUUCUGCGGAGGAUCUGUGGCGACCGGAGCCGCGCCGCGGCCGGCAUCUCCCUGCUCCAGGAGCUGGUCGUGCGACGGCCUCCGAGGAAAAUUGUCUUCCUGAAUGCUCUCCUGAUGCACACAGCCCACGAGGAGCCAGAGGUUCGAACGAGGGCUCUGGAUGCCGUUACGCAGCUCUAUGAGCGUGGGGAGCUGCGAUCAAUCAUCGAGGAGUACGCAAUGCUGUACUUGAGCUUCCUCCGCCUGCCGAGCCCACCUGAUGUGCUGUUCGGACCGGACCGCGGCCGCCAGAAGUCGACAAUACCUGUAAUAGAGUGCCGAAGUACGACCGGUGAAGUUGCAGCGACUCCCUGGAGCGAGGAGGCCGUGCGUGCCUGCCUGUACCUGUACCUCGCACUGCUGCCGCUGAAUGAGGAGAUGAUUCACGAACUGGCCAGAGUGUACGUGCAGACGGCAGCGGACAUGAAGCGAACCAUCCUGCGCUUGCUGGAGCAGCCGGUCAGAGGGAUGGGCAUGGACUCCCCGCAGCUGCUCCGGCUGGUGGAGGAGUGCCCCAAGGGUGCCGAGACGCUCGUCACCCGCGUCAUCCACAUCCUCACCGAAAAGACACCACCAAGUGCAGAGCUGGUGGCUCGUGUUCGAGAACUGUACCACACCCGCGUGUCAGACGUGAGAUUCCUGAUUCCUGUUCUGAAUGGUCUCAGCAAGAAGGAAGUGAUCGCUGCUCUGCCCAAGCUCAUCAAGCUCAACCCUGUUGUUGUCAAGGAGGUUUUCAACAGGUUGCUCGGCACACAUACGGAAUCGCCUAGUCACAUGUCUCCACUUACCCCAGCUGAAUUGCUCAUAGCUCUGCACAGCAUAGAUCCUUCAAAGUGUGAACUAAAGACUGUGAUAAAGGCUACCUCAUUGUGCUUCUCAGAGAAGCAAGCAUACAGCCAAGAAGUUCUGGCAGUAGUACUGCAGCAUCUUAUGGAAAUGACUCCACUUCCCACGUUGCUGAUGAGGACUGUCAUACAGUCACUGUCCCUGUAUCCUCGUCUCAUCGGUUUCGUUAUGAACAUCCUGCAGAGACUGAUCCUAAAACAGGUAUGGAAACAGAAGAAAGUGUGGGAGGGCUUCAUAAAGUGCUGCCAGCGAACAAAGCCACAAAGCUUCCAAGUCCUACUGCAGCUACCACCCGCACAGCUGAGUGACGUUUUCCAAGUUUCACCCGACUUGAGACAACCUCUGCUUGCACACGUCACGGCCUUCACCGAUAAUCAGCGUGCUCACAUCCCCAAAUCCAUUAUGGAUGUUCUCUUGGGCAGUAAGCGGACAUCAAACGAUGAGUAUGACGUCGAUACAGAAGCUAGGUCACCCUCAGACUUGACAAUUGACAUCAAAGAAGAGCCAGAGGACUACAACAGCAGGUCAGAACCGGCACCCCCUGGGUUGGAAUAGUGGUCAGCUCAUGGUCCGAUUUUCGGAUCUGAAGUUUAUCCAAACUCUUAUUAGGGCCCUUGUGGGGCACUACUGCCAUGAUAUGGUAAAAAAAAAAAAGGAUUCGGAUGAA